CGAUGUGUAAUACGCGCAUUCGUCGGUCGUCUCUUGACGAGACAGACCGAACCGGCCUCGGCUUUUCGUCUGGCGGUACCGAGAGUACACCGUCUGGCGGAGACGUCAGUAUGUGACGACAUAGCGUUGUGGGUUGUUGCAUCAAUUUUCAUUACAUCGAUUUACUGAAAAAGAAAAUAGACCAAAGCGAGUAGAAACUGGUCAUCUCCCCCAACCGCGUUCUGUUGUUCAUGAAUCGUUUCCGAACCGCAAUCGAGAUUCAAGACUGCGCCACCCGGAUGUAAGCGAACUUGCAGUAGUUUUGCCUUUGAUUCCCCAGUAACAAAGUUCAUCAACCAUUCAAUAAGCGUAAUAAACAAACAUUGCAGUGAAAUAAAUUCUCGUGUCACCAUCAAUCCGCUGCGGCUAUCGUCUCUCGCCUGUCCGGGGCGCUUAUCGGCGCGCGCGACUUGAAAUAAUUUCGCGUUUUUUCUUGGUUAAUUCAUUCAAAGGACCGAAAAUUGGACUGUUUAUUAUUGGUGUGUGAAUGUAUAUUUGACUUGGAUAUUGCGCUUUGGCCGGGCUCUUUUUGGCGAGGAGAACUACUAGUUGCUAGAGACCGCGAUUCACGAACCUCAAAUUUUAACAGCUACAAUUUCUGUGCGGUGCUUGGAUACGUGUGUAAAAUAUCAUUGUGCUUCGCAAUAAAAUCUAGUGCUUACGACACAUACUGUCCACCGCAUUCUCGACGCACUACCGCCCCAAGAAUCCCGUUUUGCCAGUGAACUUCUCAACGGUAUAAUCUCUCAAAGGGCCAAAUGCGACUGCAGGAAGGACGAAACUCAGGAGCGUUGCUGAACCGAUGAAGAUUAUGGUGCAUUCGGUGACGAGGAAGAAAUUUGAAGCAUUUGUUAUACGCGCUGACAGUGCUAUUAGUCCAGUGAUUGCUAGUCGUCUAGGAGUCACAGCAGCGCGCUUGUACCAAGAUGGUUUUGGGUACAUUGGUGGUGAUAUGCAAUGUUUAUGCACAUAUUGAUCGGAGAUCUGAUAUUGCUGUCGCCGAGUGGGAUCCUACGCGCGAACCUCAUAUCCGGUAGAUUUCUGGACGUAUUGCCGAUAGCUGGAUUGAAUGACAGUGACAUAUUUCGUGAACCACGAGAUCUUUCGCAAUCAGCAAUUACAAUCGACAAAACCAAUACGCUUCUCGAUGCUUCGUGGUUGCAACAAUCCUCAGGCGUCCAACAUGUACUGAGAUCCUAUCUGCAUUCAUCGUCUUGGGUUGAGAUUGAUUGCUGGAAAUUGAUACACCAAUUUGCCCUUCUGUUGAUUAUUCUGGCAGCCGUCUUCGGGAAGCUUAACGUCAACUAUGCGCAUAAGCAUUGCCGACUAAUUCUGCAGAGUUGUGCUUCGAUAAGUGUGCUUCUGUCUACGACGUCUGGACUACUAGUGGUUUUUGUUCAUGUUGUGCUUCUAUCAGCGACCUGCCGUUUGAUACAGCGCAGUCGCUCGAACCUUAAAUGUGCGGCGAGUGAAUCGAGUUGUUUUUUUGACGUUACCUGUUUUGUACAGUUCACAGUGCGUACGUUAUAUGCAGGGACCUUGGUCGGCUAUCAGACCACGGCCCCUCGUCAGCAGCCAUCCUGUCGAAAUUAUUUCCACCGUCAGUCACAUCGUGCAAUCCUGCUGGCCGCCCUGUUUCUCGUCCUUGCCACUGUGACGAUAGCGGCAAGGUGCCAUGUGUCCACAAGCACGGCGGAUUCGAUAGUUCAAUUGUCCCCGAAUUCCCUUUCGUACAUCGCCUCUGAUGUACGCUCAACGACCACCUAUAAUAGUCCAAUUUAUCCGCGAACGCAUCGUCAGCACUAUUCCACUUCCCAAUUGCAAACUUCCAGUAUAGUAUUAAGUAGUUUGUUUACAAAGCCUCGUGCAAACAAUUUACCAAGUGAUAUUAGCAUAAUUGACAAAUCAUAUUCUAAACUAUACAGUACCAAUCAAAACAAUCGAAUACAGGAGAGUGAUUAUUCUACGCAUAAGAGACCACCACCUCGAGCGAGCAAAAGACGAAUUGCGCGAUCCACCCGUCGCCUGGAAGACAGCAAGAUAAAGGACAAGUAUGGCGGCGAUGUAGACGCAAAUCAAAUUUCCACUUUCCGUCUCAUCAACUGGAGCAACCACACAAAACCCAAUAAGCACCUCGUUUAUCCGACCCGUCGUCACCCGGUGAACAUUGACAGAGACAAUGUUUACUCAACACCACCGUCGACGGCAAUAGCGAACAAACAAGUUACAAUUCCGCGCCUCAGAGGCAUCACGAAUAAAACAACCGUGCCGCCGGUCGUCUUUAGUUUCGCAAGUCUUCAAAACAACAGUGCAAUUAACAAUCGUUCAUACGUGCCAGUGUACGAAUCUACGUUUAUCGUUGGACAGCAGCACGCCAGCAGUGACACUUUGGAAGGCGCAUCGACUGCCAUCAACACUGAUUAUAAUCAGCACAGACAUUCGUUGACACCACCGGACAAACGGCCGAUGCCACCUGAGGACGUCUACACCAAGGACUUAUUGAAGGAAAGUGGCGGCCUGCUGGUGCUGGUGGCGGCUUGUUUGCUGCUAACGCUAGCGCUGGGGCUCGUCACGUGCGUAUUGAGCCAUUACCGCGGUGGCAUCCUUGCCGAUUCGCCCAACGUCGCGCAAACACCGGCCACUGCACCCAUGCUGUCGGUGGUAAGCGCCGGCGCCACGGCGGGGGUGGGCGGUAUGGACCGGUUACGUGGUCGUGGGGCGGCUAGAGACCUGACAGCGAGUAGUAGAGAUCAUCAAGUGCGAUUGCAUACAGUUCACACAGACAUUGCCAUUAACCUGCCGCCCAGUAUAUCACUCCCUGACGGAGAGGAACAUCCAUUUAGUUCUAGGCUACAUCUUAGGGAUACAGAACAGGAGUCUGAAAUAUAUCAAAAAUGUAUAAGACCUCCGCCGAACCGAACAGCUUUAGAAUCGGAAUCGCCACCACCAUAUAGAUCCAGUUCGGCUGGCCUACUCGGUUCCAUCGGGGGCAGCAGUUUCGGAAGCAGUACCGAUUGGUCGGGUGGCAGCGCGCCGCUGGUAGUGCGCUGCCAUUCGAUGUCGGCGUCGUCGGCAUCGUCGAUGAAACGUCCGGAUGCUGCUGGAUCCAGCAGCCCAAAGACUGAUUUUAUACAAAAGACUGUUAAAAUAUUAACUGGCAAAAAAAGUCAGCCGUCACCUGCGCCAACGUUACCACCUGUUAUCGUUCCGACACGAACGCGACGAACUCCCGAUCAACACCCGCAUCUCAAUCACAAUCAUUGUCAGCAACUGAAUAGUUGUCCCAACGCUCAUCAGCCGGAACAGCAACAACAGAACAAUGCGACAUUGGGCUGCUGUCCCAACUCAAAUGUCUGACAGCACGCUUCAAGACAUAGGUGACAUUGUGAAUGAAUUAAUACUGACUGUAAUACAAUUAGCAAAGCGAUUCCAUAUUCACUCAUAUUUUAAAGUAUAUAUGUUAAUUAUUAAAUACGAGAAGAAUUAUUCUAUCAACGAAUGACGGAAGAAAUGGACUUUUAUGUUUGACCCGAAUUCAAGCCACUGUCUGUAGUAUUGGAUGGCGGAAACGACACAAGAACUCGGUGCUGAAGAAAAUAAUGUAACUUGCAAAGAAAACUCAUAGUAAAUUAUAAAAAUACAUCAUCUUAAUUUAAUUGGUGCCAAGUAUUUAAGUCGCCUGUCUAGUUUUAUGUACUGUGUACAUACUCUUUCUACUCCCAAGAUAUAACGAUUAGCAAAAUUUUAAACUAAUUUCCUAGUGCAGUAAUAAAAUAAUGAAUCAGAAUUGAUCGAGAAUUUGAAUUAUUUCGACGAUCUCGUUAAUGCGAGACAUAUAAACAAUAUAAUGAUUAAUGAACAAACUGAAACUAAUAUUUGGCAUCAAGCGGCCAACAUAAUGUAAUAUUUACUAGGAACCUAUGCUGUUAGCUAAAUAAAAUCUAAAACAGUAGAAUAUCGUUCUGUUUUAAAAAGUUUAUAUCAAAAUACGAAGCCAUAAAAAGGAAUAUCAUAUUAUUUAAUCAAUUAACGGACGGCAUUGCAUUGGCCAGAAAUGAGAUUUCUUAUACGAUACAAUAUACUUGCAAACACAUUAUAAUGAGUUGUUCAUCUGCUGGAAGCGUGUUUAGGUAUAUAUUUAUAGUUUAUAAAUAUACCUUCGAUGUACAUAAUAUUUCGCCAACAGAUUCAUGACAGGUGACAACUGCAGCGAAUAUCAAUCUUCUUUAAGACACAAGAGCAACCCAACAAAAUGUUGUAUUAACAUUUAUUUGAAUUCAGUUUUCUGGAAUUUUUAUUAUAUUUUGUAUUGAUUAUCACAUCAAUUUGUACAUAUUUCAAGUUUUGACGCCAAUUUGUAUUUUUUAAAUUGAAAGCAAAUAAAAGUUUUGUAACAAUUUGCCUAUUUAAAAUAAUCGGUAACAGAAAACUCAUCAACUAAGAUCUAGGAGGAUGCAAAAUGAAUUGCUGCUGUACUUAUGUGAAUAUUAUGUACAUCUUUGAGCUAGAGACAAUCUAUCUCCAUAUAAAUAAUUUAUUUAAUUCAAUAUAGCAAGUAAAACUUUAACAACUGUCAAGUUUAUAAAAUAUAUAUACAAAUUCCUGUUUGUUAAUAGUUUAAACGAAAACGAUGACUUACAUUCUAGGUUUAUUGUUUUCAUUCAAACGAAGUAGGCGAAUUUAUGAAUUACGUUUGUGCAAUUCUAGCACGCAGUUGUGUACCUUUAUCAUGAAAACCAACACGCACGAAAGAAAAGGUCAUCAUCUUUAUUAGCAACAAAACAAUGAAAUUAGAAAGAUUACGAAGAGAAAUAAGAAAAUUUUCUGUGAUAUUACUCACAAUUCGCUUUAUUUUUUAUAUGUCUCAAUGAAACGAUGAAUGUAAAGGAUUGAAACAAAAAAUAUUAAAUAUAACAAACAAGAAUCAUAUUAUCAGUCUCCUCUUUUCCACUGCACUACAUAUUAAGACUAUAGUAGAAAUGUGACUAUUUUACAAUGGGCAAGAACUUGUAGCAAAUUUUUGUAACAUGUAUUUAUCCAACAGACAUGUGUUUUUGUCGAGAGCAUUCAGGAUACUGAAGUGGAAACCCGAACGUUGAAAGUAAAAUGUGAUUAUAAUAAAUAAUUUUAUUACUAUAAUGAAAUAAUAAAGCAAAAAAUAAAA